UUGAUUCCUCUCCUCAUCAUACAGCCCACUUCACCUACCAGGCUACCACCAACACCACUAACACCUCACCAACUCCCUUUUUCAUAUAUACCAAUAUUUCUGUUGCUCAAAAACCCAAACAAGAAAUGACUUUCCUUUUACUAAUAACAAUACCCAUCCUUGUGCUCAUCUCCGCAUACGCCCUGUACUACCGUCUGCGCUUCAGGCUGCCACCGGGACCGCGCCCGUGGCCGAUCGUAGGGAACCUGUACGACAUAAAGCCGGUGAGGUUCCGUUGCUUUGCGGAAUGGGGUCGAACUUACGGUCCAAUAAUUUCGGUUUGGUUUGGGUCCACAUUAAAUGUGGUGGUUUCGAAUACGGAAUUGGCGAAACAAGUGCUGAAAGAGAAGGAUCAACAGUUGGCGGAUCGGCAUAGGAGUAGGUCGGCUGCAAAGUUCAGCAGAGACGGCCAAGAUCUGAUCUGGGCUGAUUAUGGACCUCACUAUGUGAAAGUUCGAAAAGUGUGCACUGUUGAGCUCUUCACCCCCAAAAGACUUGAAGCUUUGAGACCCAUUCGAGAAGAUGAAGUCAGUGCCAUGGUUCAAUCUAUUUUCAUCGACUGCACUAAUCCUGAAAAUAUAGGAAAAAGUGUUGAAGUGAAGAAGUAUUUAGGGGCAGUUGCAUUCAACAACAUAACAAGACUAGCAUUUGGAAAGCGAUUUGUGAACGAAGAGGGCAUUAUGGAUGAGCAAGGGAAAGAAUUCAAGGCAAUUGUGGCUAAUGGACUUAAGCUAGGCGCAUCCCUCGCCAUGGCAGAGCACAUUCCGUGGCUUCGUUGGAUGUUUCCCUUGGAGGAGGAGGCAUUUGCAAAGCAUGGAGCUCAAAGAGACCGGCUCACUCGAGCUAUAAUGGAAGAGCAUACAAUAGCUCGUCAAAAAACCGGAGGUGCAAAGCAACAUUUUGUUGAUGCAUUGCUUACAUUACAAGAGAAAUAUGACCUAAGUGAUGAUACAAUUAUCGGACUACUUUGGGACAUGAUUACUGCAGGCAUGGACACUACAGCCAUCACAGUAGAAUGGACAUUGGCUGAACUAAUUAAGAACCCAAGAGUGCAACAAAAGGUUCAGGAAGAGCUAGACCGCGUCAUUGGGUUAGAGCGUGUCUUGACUGAGGCUGAUUUCGCAACUCUUCCAUACCUACAAUGUGUAGCCAAAGAAGGAUUUAGAAUGCACCCUCCAACUCCACUCAUGCUCCCUCAUCGUGCCAAUUCAAAUGUUCAAAUCGGUGGCUAUGACAUACCAAAAGGAUCGAAUGUUCACGUAAACGUAUGGGCCGUAGCUCGUGACCCGGCCGUAUGGAAAAACCCGAAAGAGUUCCGGCCAGAGAGGUUCCUCGAGGAGGAUGUGGACAUGAAAGGGCAUGAUUUUAGGCUGCUUCCAUUUGGUGCAGGAAGGAGGGUGUGUCCUGGUGCACAGCUUGGUAUCAACUUAGUCACAUCUAUGUUAGCUCACUUACUGCACCAUUUUCAUUGGACACCACCUGACGGUGUUCGCCCAGAGGAAAUCGACAUGUCAGAAAAUCCUGGAUUAGUCACUUACAUGCGCACUCCGCUACACUCGGUUCCCACUCCUCGACUCCCUUCACAUUUAUACAAACGUGUGCCUGUCGAUAUCUAGUUUCUCAUUAUACUUCAUUUAUACAAGAGAUGCAAUUUGAAAAAUGUUAUAUGAGUUGUGCAUUGCCGAUACAUAAAUCAAAUGAAGUACUAUGUUUUGUUCAAAUUAUAUGAAACAAGGUCGAUGCCCGCGCGUUACACGGGUAGAAUUUCUUUUGGUA